CGGCAGCGCCUCCUCCCCGCGCGCUCCCCGCGUCCCCUGGCGGCUGUGUGUGGACCGGUGCUGCUGCCGCUCCUGAGCCUGUGCCGUUGGACCGCACCUGAACCUGUGUCGUGUGGACCGCACCCGGCAGUGAUGCAGUCGUCCAGGUCCCAGAUGGCGCCGCUUCCGCCGGUGGUGCGGGUGAUGGCCGCCUCGGUGCGCAUCGCAGACAAGGCGGCCGAGAUAAUCCGGGGCAUCCUCAGCGCCGGUGACCUGGGCAUCGUCGAGAAAACGGGCAUCAACGACCUGCAGACGGAGGCGGACCGGUCGGCGCAGCGCUGCAUCGUGGCAAACCUGGCGCGCCAGUUCCCCCGUCUGACCGUCAUUGGCGAGGAGGAGCCCGAUGACCGGCCGGUGCCCGACCACUGGCUGGUGGAGGACGGCGCCGACCCGCGAGCUGAGCGCGUGGACUGCCCCGAACAGCUGGCCGGUGUCACGGAGGAGCAGAUUGUUGUAUGGGUGGAUCCUCUUGAUGGCACCAAGGAGUUCACCCAAGGUCUGCUGGACCACGUGACGGUGCUGAUCGGGAUCGCAGCCGGCGGCCGGCCCGCCGCCGGCGUCAUCAACCAGCCGUACUUCAACUACGAGCGGCCCGAGCUGCCGCAGGGGCGCACCAUCUUCGGGCUGGCCGGCGGUGCCGUGGCCGGCUUCGAGCCGCGUGCGCCGCCCGCCGGCCAGCGCAUCGUCACCACCACGCGCAGCCACAGCACCGGCCUGGUGCAGGCGGCGCUGCAGGCGCUCCAGCCGGACCAGGUGGUGCCGGUCGGCGGCGCCGGCCACAAGGUGCUGCUGCUGCUGGAGGGGCGCGCGCACGCCUACGUGUUCGCCUCGCCCGGCUGCAAGAAGUGGGACACGUGUGCGCCCGAGGCCAUCCUGUCGGCGGUCGGCGGCCGCCUGACUGACAUGCACGGCGACGAGCUGCGCUACGACGCGGCCGUGCAGCGUCUGAACUCGGCUGGCGUGCUGGCCACGGCGCCGGGCGUGCAGCACGACUGGUACGUGCAGCGCGUGCCGCAGGAGGUGCGCGACAAGCUGCAUGCCGUCGCCUGAGCGGCGCGAUGCGGCCGGCGCCCUGCGUUAGGAGGGGCGGGGUGACCCGCGGACAGCACGGACCAACGCGGGCUUCGCUGGCCUGCGGCGGUCUGUGUGGGGGCGCAGCGGGCGUGGCGGAGCUGCCGACGGUAACAACAUUGUCUGGGUAGUUCGGGGAACCCUGAUCAAAACGGCCAGUCUGUGGGAGAGGCUCAGGACGACGCGGCAGUCUCUGGGGAAGCCCGAGGGCGACGCGGCAGUCGACGGAGGAGCUUCGGAGGAAGGGAGCCACCGUGACAGACGUGGACAGCUGUCUAUCAUCGCCUGUGCCUAUUGCACCUCCGUUCUCUCCCUCCGUCCCACCCACCAGUCAGCCGUCGUCCCCCCAGAGGAUGCCGUCCGCAAGGCAGGGGUUCUGCGGUCGGAAGGAGCGCCCAACCGCAGACCCGUCCCGGUCCGGGGACGGUCCCGAUCCGGGGGUCCGUGGUGCGCCUGCUCGUGGGCGGCGCUGGUUCGUGUUUCGUAACGUGCUGUCCGUAUGCAGCCAUGUAGCGUAGUUAGUGUUGUUGGAAGAGGAGCGUUGUGGUAUCCUGUAGCCCACUGGCGAAGUCACACGGGGACAUUGGAGUGGGCAAGUACCGAAUUAUGUCCGUUGCCGUCGUUAGCAGCGUGCACAUCUGGCUCCAGCAGCGGAGGUCUGCACAUAAGCUGGUGUGAUGGUCAGGUACCCGCGCAAACUGUUCGGGAUAAUAAUCCUGAAAAACGUAUGCUGGCGAGCAUGAGCAAGGUUUGUGGACGGAUGUGUGCACAAUCAAUGUGCAAUCUUGUACUCGUAACCUCCGGCUGCUCUCAACCACCGCAGCGCAGCUACAUCGCAUUGCAUGCAUAGAACGUUGGUGUGUUGGCCAUCCAUGCGCGCUGUUUACACCUACGCGACUAUGCCAUCAGUGUUUCCUGUUUCGAUGGUUCGUUUAUGGAGAGUGUAACCCUCAAACCAUCAGCGAUGGACCGGUGCGGGACGGGGCGCGAGCGUUUGUGGACCCAGGGACCAAUCUAUAAGCCUUGCUGUUUCGUACGUCUGUCGUGUUCUGUCUGUGAUGGUUCAAUACAUGGUCAAUGCAU